AAAAGCUCAGGAUGUUUUUAAAAUAUGUAAUUUUGUAAGCAGCAGUGGUUACCGGUUUUGUUUUAACUAUUCUUUGAACAGAACAGAUUAUGGACCUAACUUUACCCGUGCGCGCUAUCAUCCUUCCAUUAUCACUCACGGAUGAAAACAUUGUGGCUUCACCUCAAAUUUAAAAAAGUCAUAUUUUUUGUCGGUUUUACAUUGGCAUUGCUGAUUUGUUGUUUCACAAUCAGUUUUUUAAAAGUAAAGGGAGUUCAAAAUGGAGGAAAAAGAGCGAAAAAGGAAAUAUCUGAGAUGCCAUGGUUGACAGUAAAAUAUGGCAUUAACUGCACUAGAAUUUAUGAAAUGGAACCAGUGGAAGUGGCCAAAACCUUAGUCAUCCGCAAGCAAAAAAUCUACGUAGAACAAACGGAUGAAACUAUUGUGAAUGCCACUUCUGAUUGUGAUCAGUUUGUCUCCUCAAUGGGAUAUGAUGCCAUUCAGGUCACUGAGGCUGAGCGUGAAUUUCCUCUUGCUUACUCUUUAGUUGUUCAUCGAAAUGCUGCUCUUGUGGAAAGACUCCUGAGGGCCGUUUAUGUGCCGCAUAACAUCUACUGCAUACAUUAUGAUCGAAAGUCCUCUUCUGACUUUAUAUCAGCAAUGAAUGGUCUGGCGUAUUGCAUCCCAAACGUCUUCAUUGCCUCAAAACUGGAGAGAGUUCAGUAUGCAGGAAUCUCACGACUCAGAGCGGAUCUGAAUUGUCUGUCAGACCUCCUUGACUCUAAAGUCAAAUGGAAGUACGUCAUCAACCUGUGCGGUCAAGAUUUCCCACUGCGGACAAACGCUGAGCUGGUGUCGGAUCUGAAGGUGCUUAAAGGCAGGAACAUGGUGGAAAGCAAGUGGCCUGGAGGAAAGAAAAACCGCUGGAGGGUUCAUCAUCUGCUGAAAAAUGAAAAAUUUGAGUUCUACAACACACCUGUCUCCACUUCAGAUAAGAAACCUCCACCCCCUUAUGACAUAGAGAUGUUUGUAGGCAGCGCUUACUUUACUCUCUCAUGGGAGUUUGUGUAUUUUGUUCACUGGAGUUACUUAGCCAGGAAUUUCUUGGCUUGGUCUGAGGAUACAUACUCACCUGAUGAACAUUUCUGGGCGACUCUGGUUCGUGUGCCUGGGGUGCCUGGUGAGGUGCCGAGAUCUGAGGCGGAUAUCUCAGAACUGAUCAGUAAAACUCGUCUGGUGAAGUGGUCUGCUUUGAAGGAAGACUUUACCCUAGAUGCACUGGAGUCCACGUGCGAAAAAUAUGUAUUUAUGGUGCUGCUGAGCUCAGAUGGCUCUUAAAUUAUGGCCACUGGUUUGCUAAUAAAGUGGAUCCAAAAGUGGAUCCUGUUCUUAUUGAAUGUUUAGAAGAAAAACUUGCAGAAAAACGGCGAAGU